ACUUGGACUCAAACUGUUGGCGCGACAAGAUGUGCCUUAGCACACUCAUUCUUCUCUUCCCUUUCGACACACAAAGUGCUGCCCAAGCGAUCUUCAACUUCUUGUGAUCGUCUCAAGAGUGUUCUUAAACAGUGAUCAAAGAAACUCUUCAAAUUGUGUUGAAUUUUCUUCUUCUGCGAAAAAUGUCGCGUUCUUGAAAUUUUUGUGCAAGAUCUCCUAAAAAAAAAUAAAGGAUAUUUCUAAGGAGAACCAUCUUAAAGAAAUAAAUGUGAUCAUAAGUGCCUUAAAAAAACACAGCUAAGAAGAAUUAAACAGUUUCAAAGAAGACAAAAAAAACUUCUAGUGAAAAAUAACCCCCCAAAAGACUCCUUUGAGAGAGAACAGAAAAAACCCCUUUAUAAAAUCUCAAUCGUGUUCAUAUAUUAACAAACUUAACUGCUAGACAUAAAUCUUUUUGGACCAAGAUUGAAUUUCUUGGGUGUGUGAUUAGGUGUAUGUGCAUAAAAGUGCCAAUUUGAUGCAACCCAUGCGAAAAUGUGGAGUAAUUUAUUCAUCAUUAAGAUUCUUCUCACAUUGACACUCGUCCACAUUCCCGCCAAUGAGGCCGCAGCUGUUCGUCAGAAUUCCAUUCUUAUCGAGAGCAACUCGGUACAGCGGGUGGUAGGUGAAACACGUCGGGUGACCGAGGCACGUAGUCGAGCAGUGUCGGGACUGAAGAGAGUCAAUUUAUCCAACCGCACAGUGGCGUGCAACGAUGGUUCCCAGGCCGGAUUUUACCUCAGGCGCUCCUCAACUUUUUCCCGGCGAUGGAUUGUCUACCUGGAGGGUGGGAUGCAUUGCUACGAUCAGAAAUCCUGUCGGGAUCGUUGGCUCAAUGUUCGUCAUUUCAUGACAUCAGCUCAGUGGCCAGAGACAAAAGACGUUGGAGGCAUCUUGUCUCAUUAUCCAGAAGAAAACCCCUAUUGGCAUGAUGCCAAUCAUGUUCUUGUACCCUACUGCAGCAGUGAUUCCUGGAGCGGGACUAAAUCCAUCCCAGACUCGCGGGAUGGUUGGCGAUUUAUGGGAUCACUGAUAGUCAGGCAGGUCAUUUCAGACCUGAUUCCCCUAGGUCUAGGCAAUACUCAAGGAUCUGAACUGCUCCUAGCAGGAUCGUCAGCCGGAGGAGUUGGUGUAAUGCUGAAUUUGGACAAAGUCCGCCAUUUCCUGGUCCAGGAAAGAGGCCUAAAGGUCACAGUAAGAGGUAUAAGUGAUUCUGGUUGGUUCCUAGAUCAAGAUCCCUACGUAGCCGGAGCUAUAGCGACUAAAGAUAUUGUAAAACAAGGAUGGGCUCUUUGGAAUGGAGCUGUUCCCGAAGCUUGUCGCAAGAAGUACCCCAAUGAACCCUGGCGCUGCUAUUUUGGACGUCAUGUGUAUCCAACUCUGAAAGCACCCCUCUUCGUCUUUCAAUGGCGUUUCGAUGUGGAGCAAAUGAAGGCAGACAGUGUCUGGGCGCCAAAUUCUCCCCAACAAUGGGAAUAUAUUCAUAAGAUGGGAACAAAUGUGACAAAAUCUAUGGAAAAUGUAACGGCAGCCUUUGUACCUGCCUGCAUUGGGCAUUCAGUCUUAAACACUCGGAACUGGGUUCAUACAAAAUUGAACAACAUCACUCUGUCAGAUGCUCUAAGAUGUUGGGAACUAUCCACAGAAAAAGUUCAUCGAAGGCCAAGGACAAAGGAAGAAAGGGAGAGAAGACGACUGAGGAGGCAGAAGCAGGAAGAGCGAAAGUUCAAGAGGCUCCAAAAGAGACUUAAGGAGCAAAAGGCGAAGGGACAGGGAAAGAAUCCCAAAAGGCACAGGAAGAACCAAGAUCGCAAGAAAAACAAUGCACGUUCCACGAAAAUGCCAAAGCAAAAUUUGAGGCGGAAUCUCAAUGCUCUGCCCAAACCCACAGAUCGUGAAGAUUUUACGGGAUAUGUCCAUGAUGAGGCAAAUGCCACAAAGUCCAAUAGGCAGAAGAAGAAACGUAAAAACCCCAAUCAAAAGCGGAGACAUCACAAUCAGCACCAGGAACGGAGACAUGGUCCAGACAAUGAAAAAUGCCCUAAUCUUCGACUCCUUGAACACUGCAAUUGGCCCCAGUGCAAUCGUUCCUGUCCUACAUACACAAAUCCCAUCACAGGCAAGAAGAUGUCUGAUUCGGAACUUCUAAAUGCCUUUGGGUUAGAAUUGGAAGCUGCAGCUGAGGCACUUGGUGUAGAUGUUCAGACUCUCAAGGACAUGGAUCUCAUUAAAGUUCUCACGUAGUCCAGCCUUGAGUAUUUGUGGAAUGGUAAAGUUUUACAAGGAGUUGGACAGGGAGAUGACACACUUGCCGUGCCGCUCAAUGAAUCUCAAUGGUUACAACUUCGGGAUGCACUGAAACUCCUGUUCAGGGUGUUCUAGUCAAUUUUUUUUUGUUUUUUUUUUAUAAUGCAUCAAACUACUAGGAGAUUAGUAUUUUGUAAGGGUUUGCAUUGACGACACCUCAAGCUUCCAAAGGAUGGAAGUAGACGAGGGCAGAGAAUCACCCUCCACGAGAACUUAACAGUAUUCAUAAAGGGAGACAGAUGCUCCCAUUCUGUUAUUUAGCUAAGACGCUAAGAGGUUAUUUUAAAUGUGAGGUUAUGUUAGGUAUAACCUAAAAAAAUGCUGCAUAAAACCGCAAAUUGCUUAUUGAAGAAACAAUAUAUCACUAAAUUAACUAAGAACUAAGACUUCAAAUAAGGCAGUUUGGUUUAUUUUCAGAGAUUUUAAACAAAGUAUUUUCUUUUCAAAUAUUCAUAGAAUUCUAACCUAUAAAAAUUUAAUCAAAGACUCCAAAAUUUCGUUGAAAAGAUAUAUUAUUCAAAAAUUUGAAAGUUUGCGAUUGUAGAAUCAAUUUUUAGAAGAUUAUGUCACCUGUGGUUUAACCUAAAGCUCCUUGUAUUUUUUGUUUAAGUUUUUAUAAUGCAUUUAAGUUACAAGAAAAAAUAUAUUUAAAUUUUUCAAAAAGAAAAGAAAAAUAAAUAAAAGUUCCGUUUUGUGAUAAAUCAAACAAAAAAUUUGUGUCAAAGUAAAAUUUUCAUAGGGUUUUCCUUUUUAUUUGAGGUUAGGAACACCAUAACCUCACAUUCCAAAAAAAUUAACCUCCGACAAAAAGUGGAUAUGUGAGAAUCUUGGAAGAAGGAUCUUCCUAGAAAUAAUUUGCCUAAACAUCGCAAUUUUUGUAAAUAUAUUAGAUCAAUGGCACGAACAAAGUUGCUUCUGCAGAGUUAGUUUGGUUUUAUUGACAAACAAAAUUGAUAUAAUUCACUUAUCAAUGCGACUUUAAAAUAAUUCGCAUUCCGUUUUGAAUUAUCUUAGUUCAUUUUUUUUGUGCAAAAAACUGUAAAUUUAUUCUAACUCUGCAUAUAUUUUUUUAUUAAAAGAAAACUCGAAUAAUAGAGUCACUGUAAUUUUAAGUAAGUUAACAUUUUAAAUUAUUUAUUUUAAUUGUAAAAUUAAUUUAAUUAAAGAACGACGAAAUCUUUGAGAAAAAGGUUAUUUUUUCUUCGGUUAAAUUCUAACAAAGACUGUUAUGAUUUGUUUUUUAAACACCUUUUUCACAAUUGUAGGAUUACUAUAAGGUUUAGUGGGCUAUCAAAGGGGUCAAAGGCCUUUGCCCCUCCCACGCGAUAAGAGAAAUAAUGAGAAUAAAUGGAGAAUGGCAAGAGAAGGUAUUUGAGAAAUUUAUCAAGUUUAUCUACCUCAGGAAUAAAAGUAAAAUUAAUUGUAAAUUUGUAGGGAGAUUCAUUGUAUUUUUCGCCUAACAAAAAAAAAAUUCUUAUUGUACUUUGGAGAAUGAACGAUAAGAAACAUAGUACCUGUCUUUAGUCAUUUAUUGCUUGCAGAAUAUGAUAAUUCGCUGUUGUCUCGCGACGAUAUUGCGAAAGAAAAUCAGUUCAUUCCCAAGUUUCUUUUGCUCCUUCUAUUUUAUAAAAGAACAUUUCCAUGUGACGAAAAGCAAACAAAAUGAAAAUUCUCACGCAAAAACCCCAUUGAAAUGAUUCUCUAGUUAGUACAUAAGACAAUAAAUUAUUAAUUUAAUUAUUACUCUGCCUUAGUUGAGUUAGAAAAGAAAAAAAAAGAAAAUUGUAUUGAUGUAAAUAUAUUGAAAAUUAAGUUGACCCUUUUUUUUAUAAUCAAUUGUAUAGAAAAGAAAGAAACAUAAUUUUUUCUCUUGAAUAAAAAUUAAUUUUCGCCUAAAA